AUGAAAGUGAUCCCGGUAACGACGUUUCUUCGAGCUUCGCUCGAAUCCCUCUCGCUCACGGGCCGGCUGCCAGCUGCGGCAGCCCUCCAAGCAGACCAUCGGAUUUCCUAUUCGGGAUACAUCCCGGACGCACACUAUCCCGUGGCCAACGACACUGUGACAAAGCUGCCUCUUCUUGUUGCCGUCCACGGCACGGGUCGUGAUAAUUACCGAUACGUCGACGUCUGGCAAGACUUCGCAGACAAGCAUAAAGUGGCUGUCAUUGCGCCUCUAUUCCCUUCCUUUCUUCAGGACCCGCUUGAUGUCGACGCUUACCAUUUUCUCGGGCGUCCGCCGCCUUGGAGUGGCGAGACGGCCGAGUCAUGGCUGAGCCAUGUCGUUGAUGUCCCCGGCGGGCCGGACGUUGAUAUUCAGCCCGUAGAUCCAGAAAGAUACAUGAGGUAUGAUCUGCUUCUGCUCGACUUGUUGACGGAAGUCUCGACCCGGUGGCCGGGGAUCGACACGGAGAAGAUUUUCCUCAUGGGUUUCUCCGGUGGCGGGCAAUUUGUGCAUCGCUUCUUCUACCUGCACCCAGAGCGGCUCGAGGGUCUUUGCGUCGGUUCUCCCGGCUCGACCACGUUGCUGAACUACACGCAGACGUGGCCGACCGGACUGCAGAACUUCCACGAGAUCUUUGGCCAGCAUGUUGACAUUGAGAAAUUGAAACACGUCCCUGUCGCUGGAGCAGUGGGCAGCAACGACACAGACGCGGACGGCAUCAGGUUCAGACUGAAUGUUCCCGGCUCGAAUUUUGGGACACCAGAGGAGGCGAAACAGACUAGAGUCCAGCGGCUCACGGCCUUAUUCCAGAACUGGCAGGCUGCAGGCUUGAAUGCUUCAUACACGAUCGUCCAGGGUCCGGCGCAUGAGAUGGAGAAGGUCAAUCCGCCCUUUGAGGAGUUCUUCAAGAGGCUGGUCGAGCAGUGGUGGGCAUCGCGCACGGCUUGA